AUGGAUCCAAAAGAAGAAGAGAAAUUACUUCGAUGGUAUAAUGAGGUGGAAUCUGAAGAAUCAAACCUAAAAAGUAGUCAGAAUUACAAUAUAGAUGAGGAAGAUGAGGAGAUUGAGUCUGAAGCUGAAGAGAGUAGUAGGCAAACAACUAGAGAUUUAAAUCGUCAAAGCAUCCAUGACGACAAUAAACUUGGAGAGAGUAGUGGAGAGACAAGUAAAAAUCGUGGUCAUCCAAAUCGUCGUCAGUACCAAGAUCUAGAAAGCGACGAGGAGGAGCCAUUUCCUGCCUCUGACUCAGAGUAUGAGCCUAGCUCUGAAUCAGAAACGGAGUCUGAGCAAGAAUCCGAAAUUGAUGAUAACGAUGAAGACGUGGAUGGAGAUGUCAAUCAACCGACCAUAAUAGCAUGGAAUGAAGUGGAUGGGACGUCUUUGAAGCAGUUUACUUUUAUUGAUUCAGGACAAAUAAAUGUUCCCCCUAACUUGAGACCUGUAGAUCUUUUCAGACUCAUUGUUGAUUCAGAUAUUAGACUCAGGGGAGUUGAGUACAUUCGUGGCAACCUGAUAUUAUGCUGUGCAGACUGUUACGAGCAAGCGAACAGCUCCGAUCCUGCUUCCGAUCCUGCUUGCCUUGCCCAGGCAUUAAGGGAAAUCAAAGCAGAGCUUGUUGACAAAUCUGUUUUUAUUGCAAGGCUUAAGAACGAAAAACUGAUGCUCCUUGAGGCGGCAGAAUCUAUGGAGUGCGAACUAACAAGUGAAAACAGGCUAUUGAAAGCUAAACUGAAGGAACUUGAAAAGAAAACUGAUAAUAUUUCGCUCCUUUUCCGCUGCACAGUAGCCACACAAACUCAUUCAAUAAUCAGUGCCUCUACUAAAAAUAAUGCUCGUCAAACAUCCGACACAAGCAGUAUGAGUGAGGUCGAGUCCAGUCUAGCAGAGCUACAAUCCACCUUAGCUGAGCAUAAAAGAACUGAAUAUACUCUGAAAGCUGACUACGAGGCUAGUAGGGAGGAGCUGCGCAAAUCUGUUGAUGCAUUGUCCGAGAUCAAAAAUCUUAAUGCCCAAAUGAUCACAAUGAUUGAGACCCUAAGCCAGGAUAAUCUAUUUCUCUCUAAUGAAUUGGAGGGACUCAAGCAACUUUUCUCUAGGAGAUUCACUCACUCUACUGUUCAGGACUGCUGUCCUGUCCCACGAUCUACGUCCGGGUGCAGGAGAUGCUGCGCAGAGGAUGAUGGACACUCUUUGUUUCAUGAACUAUCUGCUGUUUUCUAUUUUCGCUCAAAAUACGUCACUUACUGGGACCGGCGAUUCUUCUAA